AUGCCCCGCCACCGCCCUCGACGUCUAGCCAGCAUCAAGAGCAUCGGCGUGGACCAGAUGGGCAAUCUCGCCGAUGCCUCUGACAUCGACUUCCUCCGCUUGGAGAAUCUCGACGUCAAUAUCCCCCCGGAUCAAGAAGCCCUUGAUGCAACGCGAGAUCUGAUUAACAAACCCGAGGGCAACAGCUACCUGCCAUUCACUGGCAAAAAGGACCUGCGCCAUGCAGCCGCUCUCCACGUCUCAGCCAUGUCUGGAGUCAAAUACGACGGCGAUAAGAACUGUGUCAUCUCCGCGGGCGGGCUGUCAGGUAUCCUCAACGUUUUACUAGCAACAGUCGAGGAGGGCGACGAAGUCAUAGUGACGGACCCCACCUAUCGUGGGCUCACGAACCGCAUCUUGCUGGCCGGGGGCGUGCCCAAGUUUGUACCGUUCACCUUCGAACCCGGGAAGGAGUGGAAGCUGGACCGGGAUGCUCUUCGGGCAUCUAUCACGUCUCGAGCCAGUGCCAUGCUCCUGAUGUCACCGUCCAUGCCCAGUGGGGGUUAUCUGGACUCGGACGACUGGGCCGUUGUCUCGGAGCUCUGCGUUCAACACGACCUACUGCUCAUCCUAGACACGGCGAUGGAGCGGCUGGUGUUUGACGGGCGGCCUAUCAUCCAUCCAGCGGGACUGAAGGGCAUGGCUGACCGGACAAUCACGGUUGGGUCAUCGGCCAAGGAGCUGAGGAUGAUUGGAUGGCGAGUGGGCUGGGUUGUCGGGCCGUCAUGGGUCAUGGGAGACAUAGCGGCCGUCUCGAUGGCCAAUGUUGUUGUGCCCGUCGGUAUUGCACAACAUGCCGUUGCGGUGGCGCUGGAGAGGUCCAAGCAUACUCUGCCCGCGUACGUAGCCGAGCUCCAAGCCCGGCGGGACCUCCUCGUCGAAGAGCUGAAAGGUCUGCCGGUUGGUGUUCCCGCGGGAGGCUGGAGCUUGCUUAUUCGUGUCAGUGAUUAUGGCUUGGACGGCAAGGCUGCCUCUGAACGCCUGCUUGAGCAAGGUAUCUGUGCUACGGCUAUGGAUGGCUGGGGAGAGGUCCACGGAGAGCAGUAUAUCCGGUUUGUCUUCUCGAAUGAGGGACGGGAUAGACUACGGGGAAUAGGGGCCAAGGUUCGCAAGGCAUUUGGCAUAGCAUAG